AUUAGACUUGUACAGAAAUGAAUGGUCACAAGAUGGGAGGAAGAGAUGCAAAUUUUAAGGAUUUUAACAGUUUUGCACCGUUUACAGAUGAGGUGGUAAAAGAAGAGGGUCAAAUAGCUCUGUCUAAAUUAGAAUCAAAGAAAAACUGUAUUCUAAAUGGUAGCAAGGAGGAAAAUAGUUUUUGAGCCUCGCUGAGAAAGAAAAUAUCUUUUAAGCAAGGAGGGAUGAAAGGAUCUUUCUUCAACCUCAUCGCCUGCACUUUAGGGAUAGGCACCACAGUAAUGCCUUAUUUAGCCCUGACUAAUGGGAUCAUUUUAUCUUCCCUAUUUACUAUUUGUGGGGCAUAUCUUUGUUACUUCUGUGGAAUGCUACUGGUAAGCUGAGCAGAGAAAACAGGAAUGGACAAAUAUGAAGAAUUUACCUCUAUUUUAUUUGGAAGAAAUAUUUCUUUACUAGUUGGAUGGUUUAAUACAUUAACUCUUCUUGGAUAUGUUACUUCAUCCAUUGUUUUUCUGAAGAGUUUGAUACCGCAUGUAGUAGAUGAAUUCAUUGGAUUGGAACAACUCCCAGAGAUUAUGAAUCAGGAGACUUAUAAAGGACAGAUAUUUUGGGCAGCAUUGUAUACUGUUAUGAUGCUUUUGCCAUUGUCAUUACCAAGAAAAAUCGGAGUGCUUAGAUUCAAUGCAAUGUUCGGAGCAAUUUGUACAUUUUAUUUAAUUAUUUGUAUUACUUUGAUGCUUUUUGAUGCUGAACUUGUUCCAAACAUUGGAGAAGCUUUUAACAAUAAUAUUGUUUAUGUAAAAUUUACUUUUGAAGGAAUCGCUGAUGGUAUUCCUUUUGCUGUAUUUGCAUUUAUGUAUCAGCAGAAUGUGCCUAUUAUUUACAGAGAGCUCAACCAAAAAUCUUAUAGAAAAAUGAGCAUUGUUAUGAUCUCAGGAACCACUUUUGCUACCUUUUUGUAUAUCGUGGUGUCAAUUUGUGGGUAUCUUGAGAUCGUUGGGGAUCAGGCAAAAAUUGAGGCUUUAAGAGCAAAUAAAUAGCAUACUUGAAGUUCCUUUUGAUAAGCCUUCAUUUAAAGUAGCUAAGAUCGCUUUAAUGCUGACCGUAGCUUGUGGUACACCUCUUUGUGUCUUACCUGCUAAAGAUGCAUUUGAAGAGAUUUAUGUUCCUGGUAGAAAGCUAAGCUUUAAGCAGAAUAUUUUCACAACUUUGGUAAUGUUACUUGGCUGCUUUCUUUGAGCUGUUCUAAUACCAAAUAUUGGUGAUGCAAUAACUAUAUUCGGAUGUACUUUGAAUCCCUUGAUGGGUUUUAUCCUUCCUGCAGUUUUCUAUCUCAAGAUAGUCGAAGAUGAGAAGAAAUGAAUGAGAAUAAGUUGCUAUGCUAUCAUCAUCUUCAUUACUUGCUUGUGAUGUUGGAUUUUCUAUAAAUUUUGAGAUAGUAAGUUGCAAUAA